AUGGAAAACCUCUUGCGUGCCAAGGAUUUGUGGAGUCUAGUGGAAGAGGGUUACACCAAACCGGUAGAGGGAAUCGAAGUGACUGCAGCACAGAAAAGGAAUCUUGAGGAGUUCAAGACGAAGGACCAUCAAGUGAAGCACUACCUGUUCCAAGCAAUUGAUCGGGUUGUGUUUGAAAAGAUCUUGAAUUGCAAAAUAUCCAAGAACAUUUGGGAUUCGAUGAAGAAAAAGUUCGGAGGCAACGAAAAGGUGAAGCGGUCUCUUCUCCAAACUUUAAGAAGAGAUUUUGAGGUUCUUGAAAUGAAGAGCGAAGAAAACAUCGAUGAUUAUUUUGGAAGAGUAAUGACUGUCUCCAACAAGAUGAGUAGCAACGGAGAAGACAUGUUAGAUUCAAAGAUUGUUGAGAAAAUACUUCGAACUCUGAUUAACAAAUUCACAUAUAUGGUGGUGGUCAUCGAGGAGUCAAAAGACAUAGGAAAGAUGAUGAUUGACGAACUACAAAGCUCUCUAUCCGUACAUGAAAAGAAAUUCAAAAAGAUCAGUCAUGAAGAAGGUGAUCAAGCUCUCAAUGUCAGAGGCAGAGGUAGAGGAUCAUACAGAGGUCGAGGCAGGGGCAGAGGACGCUCAUUCAACAAAGCAACAAGCAAGUGUUACAACUUGGACAUUUCCAAUAUGAAUGUCCAAUUGGGUACAAUGGAGCACAUUUUGCAGAGAUCGAAGAAAAGGAUGAAGUUAUUCUCAUGA